AUGAGGCCAAUGCCGAGCCUCAGUGCCGCAGUGCUGCACGUGAAGAGGCUGAGAGACUUUGGUACUAGUGUACAAGAUGGCAUCUCGCCUCUGGAUGGGCUCUCCAACAGGCAUUCCACUCCGAACAUGCGCUUUGACUCAUGCAUGUCCAUGUUUCGCCAGAUGGCCAUACUCUAG